AUGCUGAUCGACACAGAGUGGAACCAUGUCAACCUCAUAGGCUCCGAUGGUCGGCGGCCACUGCAAGAUGUCAGCGGCGUCGUCGAAAACCUUUUCUGUAGUUUCUUCAGCAUCGAGAUCCUAAUUCGUUUUUUUGGAUUCAAGCGCUGGCGUUUUAUGUUCGAGGAUUCGUGGUUUCUCUUUGAUGCCUUGUUAGUCAUUUUGAUGGUGUUGGAAACAUGGAUUUUGCCUCUUCUGAGUGAGUUUGACAGCCGCUUGAACUCCGACGCGCUCGAUAAUGUUAAGCUCAUCAGGCUGUUCCGCAUGCUUCGCCUGGGCCGUAUUUUCCGGAUCCUUCGCUACAAUCCCGAGAUGAGGCUGCUUAUAAAAAGCAUUGCACGUGCCAUGAAUGCCGUUUUCAACAUUCUUUUCUUGCUCGUCCUGGUGACAUACCUCUUCGCGAUCAUUUUCACAUCUCAGCUCGCCAAACCCGGCACAAAGACAGUGAAUGUGGACCUGGACGAGGCCGAAGCGAAGCAACUUUUUGCCGACAUGAUCUCGUCGAUGCUUUCCCUGUUCACGCAUGGUGUGCUUGCAGAUGAGCUGGCCUUUGCUUUUCUGGUCAUCAAAGAGGACAGCGUUCCACUGUUCUGGCUGUUCGCGGUCUUCGUCGUGUUCUCCGGGAUCACCCUGCUCAACAUGCUUAUAGGCGUGCUGUGCCAGGUUGUGGCGGACAACUCGCGCGAGCAUGAAAAGAACCAAAUAUUGGUGGAUCUCAAGUCCAGCUUGGAAGAUGCAUUUGAGGCCUUGGAUACUUCUCAAGAUGGAACCAUCAGUGAAGAGGAGUUUAAACAGAUGAAGACAGAUCCCAAUGUCAUGGAGAUCUUCUUUCGGCUGGGCAUGGAAGAGUCCGCGAUCAUCCAGCGAUUAGAUCACAUGCAGGAGACAAUCUUCGCUGUUGCCAAGAGCGAUAAUGCAGACGAGUCCUUCCUCACCGAUUCGAAGGAUCCAGCCUCCAGGAGGCCUCCGAGCAUGUCCUUCAAGCAGUUUACGGAUCAGGUCGUCGAUUUGCAAAUGAACACAUCUGCAGGGGUGCUGGAUGUUCAAUCUCUGGCGGCCAAGGUUCGUGCAGAGGACCAGAAAAUCUUGACCGCGCUGGGCCGUUUGGAGCCGGAGCUGCGCCGCCUUCUUCAAGCGCCCCUGGACCCCAGCGGCACACGGGCGGAUGAGGCAAAGAGAAUACAGACGCUGAACCUGGCUUUAGAGGACUCUACAUCCGUGAGACCACAGUCUACUCCUAUGGCGUGUCCGGGCCAGGCUUGUCAAGCAUCGCCGGCUCCACGCGAAGAGCCACUGCACGACCAGUCCGUUCAUCUUCCGGGAUCACUGGAAAGCCGAGGGCUCCAAGCCGAGACGAAGGCGGGACCACGUGUUGCAUUGGUGUCAGCGUGCCGUUUGAUCUUGAUUGUGACGGCAUGCCGGCGAGUGCAGGGGCUUCAAGGGGGAUAG